UUAAAAAGAAUGACUAGGGAAAAGAUCAUUGUGGACAGACAAAGGAUAGCGAACGAUAAGACAAGGAUAACAACUUACAAGAAGAGGAAAGAUUGUCUUUACAGGAAGGCAGGAGAGUUCUCAACUCUCUGCGGCGUCCAGACAUGUCUCAUCGUCUACGGUCCCACCAAAGCCACCGAUGAGGUUGUUUCCGAGCCUGAGAUAUGGCCAGACGAGACCAAAGCCAGAGACAUCAUACGCAGGUACAGAGACUCAGUGUCUAACAGCUGCAGGAAAGAAGCCCACGUGGCGAAUUUCGUUAACGAUCUUGGAAAGGCAAAGGGGAUGGAGAAUAAAACUAAUAAGAGAGUGAAGAGAAACCAUCAUAAGUUUUGUAGUUGGGAUGAGAAACUAGACAAGUGCUCACAAGAGCAGCUACUUGGGGUUUUCGAUGCCGUAACUAACAAGUUACAAGAAGCUAUAUUGAGACAGGAUCGUAUGAUUAGGGCUCAUCAUCAAGCCAUGGAGACACCAUUCCCUCAGAUUUUGAUGGAUCCACAUUACAUGUCACAAUACUUUGCUGAGCAGCAGCAACAGCUGAUGUUGGCCAAUUAUAAUAAUCUAGGUUUCCCAGUGUUCUCAUCUCAAGAUGAUCAGAUUCAAACGGACCCGAACCUCUUGGAGAAUUUGACCGACUUAGGGUUAAAUCAAGGCUUGAUGAUGUCAAAGGGAAACGAUGGUACUCAGUUUAUGCAGAGGCAAGCACCUUAUUAUAAUCUUGAACCGGUUGUACCGAGGUCAGCAACUUUUAAUGCUAACCCGUUUCCGGGUUAUCAGGGCUCGUUUAAUAUUCCUUGGAGGUUACCCGGUAAUCAAGUUGGUGCAUGGGACUUUUUGGAGAAGAAAUCGCUUUGA